GGGUCAGCGACGGCGGCCGGGAGGCGGAAGUGGAGGUUGUUGUGGCUCCGAAAGCUGUGCGAGGGCUGUUGCUGCUGCUGCUGCUGCUGCUGCUGCUGCUGCUAAGGCGGCGGCGGCGGCGGCGCUGAGGCGGUGGCGGAGCUGCCAGCUCCGGGCGGCUCGGCUUCUCGGCUCGCCCCCCAGCCUCACCUGAGCCCGCCGGGGCCCGCGCCGGCCAGCGCCUGCCCUAUGAGUGUGUCACUGGUUGUCAUCCGACUGGAGCUCGCGGAACACUCGCCGGUCCCAGCCGAUUUCGGCUUCAGUGCCGCCGCUGGGGAAAUGUCUGAUGAAGAGAUCAAAAAGAAGACACUCGCUUCAGCUGUAGCCUGUUUAGAAGGGAAGUCAGCAGGGGAGAAAGCAGCAAUCAUCCAUCAGCACCUUGGCCGUCGGGAAAUGACAGAUGUGAUCAUUGAGACCAUGAAGGCUAACUCAGAUGAACUAAAAGAUACAAUGGAAGAAAAGUCUUCAGAAGCGUCCUCCACUGUGCAGAGAAGUAGAGAUCAGAGUAAGGAAUGCAUAAACGCAGCUCCUGAGUCUCCAUCCAAACAGCUUCCAGACCAGAUUUCAUUCUUCAGUGGAAACCCUUCAGUUGAAAUAGUUCAUGGUAUUAUGCACCUAUACAAGACAAACAAGAUGACCUCCUUAAAAGAAGACGUGAGGCGCAGCGCCAUGCUGUGCAUCCUCACAGUCCCUGCUACGAUGACCAGCCACGACCUUAUGAAGUUUGUCGCCCCAUUUAAUGAAGUAAUUGAACAAAUGAAAAUCAUCAGAGACUCUACUCCAAAUCAGUAUAUGGUGCUGAUAAAGUUUAGUGCACAGGCUGACGCAGACAGUUUUUAUAUAGCAUGCAAUGGCCGCCAGUUCAACUCCAUUGAAGAUGACGUUUGCCAGUUGGUCUACGUGGAAAGGGCUGAAGUGCUGAAGUCUGAAGAUGGUGCCAGCCUUCCUGUGAUGGACCUGACUGAGCUCCCCAAGUGCACAGUGUGUCUGGAGCGCAUGGACGAGUCUGUGAAUGGCAUCCUCACCACACUAUGCAACCACAGCUUCCACAGCCAGUGUCUGCAGCGCUGGGACGACACAACGUGUCCAGUUUGCCGGUAUUGUCAAACGCCAGAGCCAGUAGAAGAAAAUAAGUGUUUUGAGUGUGGCGUUCAGGAAAACCUUUGGAUUUGCUUAAUCUGUGGCCACAUAGGCUGUGGACGAUACGUAAGUCGGCAUGCGUACAAGCACUUUGAGGAAACGCAGCACACAUACGCCAUGCAGCUCACCAACCAUCGAGUCUGGGACUAUGCUGGAGAUAAUUAUGUCCAUCGACUGGUUGCAAGUAAAACAGAUGGAAAAAUAGUACAAUAUGAAUGUGAGGGUGACACUUGCCAGGAAGAGAAAAUAGAUGCCUUACAGUUAGAGUAUUCAUAUUUACUAACAAGCCAGCUGGAAUCUCAGCGGAUCUACUGGGAAAACAAGAUUGUUCGGAUAGAGAAGGACACUGCAGAGGAAAUUAACAACAUGAAGACCAAGUUUAAAGAAACAAUUGAGAAGUGCGAUAGUCUGGAGCACAAGCUAAACGAUCUUCUCAAGGAAAAGCAGUCUGUGGAAAGGAAGUGCACCCAGCUAAACACAAAAGUGGCCAAACUCACCACUGAGCUCCAGGAGGAGCAGGAAAUGAACAAGUGUUUGCGGGCCAACCAGGCCCUCCUGCAGAACAAGCUGAAGGAGGAGGAGAGGUUGUUGAAGGAGACCUGCGACCAGAAGGACCUGCAGAUCACUGAGAUCCAGGAGCAGCUGCGCGACGUCAUGUUUUACCUGGAGACGCAGCAGCAGAUCAGCCACCUGCCUGCUGAGACCCGGCAGGAAAUCCAGGAGGGACAGAUCAACAUCGCCAUGGCCUCGGCCUCCGGCCCUUCGUCAGGGGGCACUGGGAAGUUGCCUUCCAGGAAGGGCCGCAGUAAGAGGGGCAAGUGACCCUGAGAGAAGCACAUGUCCCUGAGACUGUCCCUGACUGCAGGGUGUGCUGGGACCUUUGCUAAGUGGGAGGGUGGGCCUAAUAAGUAUGAGAGAGAAUAAGCCGCAUCGUUUGCUCUUUCAUUCUCUAGCUGUGGUGUGAUGAGUGCAGAUGUUGGUGGCAGUGGCUUCAAAGGUGGUGAGAGUUCACUUACUUUUGACGUUCAAAUGACCAUUAUGCCUUCCUGCUUGGUAGAUGCCCCAGCCCCGCUGUGCACUGUUGCGUUGUAUUUAUUGAGUUGGAGCAUAUGACCUUCAGUUUGGGGAAAUUUUAUUGUGACUUAAAGGUAAUAUUACCUAGCACUAAAGCACUGAAUCUCUAGGGGUCAUAGCAGCUGGUUCCCAUUGGCUACUGAGGAGCUAGGAAAAUUCUCUAGCAUUAGUCUCACAUCACUGCCAUCCUUCCCUUCCUCUGGGGAGUCAAAGAAUUGUUUGAAUGUUUAGAAGAGAUGCAGGGUCAUAAGCCAGGCGCUGGCUGGUCCCCGGCAGCCAUCCCGACUUGCUGUAGGGCUAGCCAGGAAAAACAAACAACCCAGGGGAAAUUGAGUAGACCCAGUAUAGGAAAAAUGGUGGCAGUUCUACUUUGUUUAUUUUGGUGACUCCACAUGUCAUUAGGCACCUCAAAUUAAAGAGGCUCAGUGGUUCUCCAAGACACAAAUCUCCAAGUGUAUUUCCUAGCAUCUAGCAAGAAUAAUUGAGGAGGUUUGCCAUCCACGGGAAAAUGCAGAGGGAGGCCUCUGACUGCCUAAUUGUGUAUUUUGCUGGGAUCAGUAUUUUCAGAAUGUUUACAAAAGAUCAGGCUGCAUGUUCAGGUUGCGGAUGGAGCAAGCUUGGGCAGAUUUUCAAUUAUGCUUUCAAGAUACAACCAAAGGCCUUCUCAAUCCAAAAAAUUGGAAUUUCAACAGAGCCCCUUUCAAACAGUCAUGUAAUGUGUGUUGUGGGCCAACAGGAGGGUUGUGUACUUUCUCUAGAGCCAGAAACAUCAAAUAAUUCAUGACCUACAGUAAUUGAGCAAAAUUGAAGUGAAACCCAUGUUGGAAUUUAGCUUCUAGACAAGGUAGCUGGAUAGGUUAACAAGGCAUACUGUCAAAUGAUGGGUUUUGUCUUCUGCUGUAUAAUUCGCCAAAGGUUUUAAAGGAUCACAUUUCAGAACUGGCUUUUUAGACUGUGAUUGGGCCUCAUCCCGUUUGACCUAAAUGUCUUAUAUAUUACUUGUUAACAGUCAACUAUAUUGCUAAUCACCAUCCAGUUUUGUGGAAUGUGCUGCAGCAUUUCCCUAACCUUACCUGUGGUUUUGCAAAAUGAAUGUACUUAGACAUUCUUCAUUUUUACUAAGGGCAGACCAACACUCUUAAGUAUUUCUUGGACUUAAAUAUACAGAUAUCCUAAAGCAAGAGUGGGAAUGUAAAACAUAACCUAAUUCUCUUUCCUAUAGAGAUUCUAUUUUAUUUAAAAUCUAUUUUUACACUAGUUAGAAUCCUGCUGUUUUGGCCAAGUACUCGUCUUGCAUGUCUGACCUUGCAGAAGUCGUGGUGGAUGGGGUGGAUCGGGGUGGAUCUCAGCAUACUGAUUACGAGAAUUGGAAAUAGUUUACGGCGCGAGGGAGCUCUUCCUUUCAUUAUGAUCGUCUCCAUCAAGCAGCCCUGCCACUACCUGGGAGGGCAGAGAUUGUCAGCACAGGUGGGACAAAUGCUCUGGAAGGCCUUGCCCAGGGGAAUGAGCAAAUAGGCAAAGGUUUCCAAACUAUUUGAGGUUUAAAAAAAAAAAAAAAAGUUCCAGGGGAAAAAAGCAAGAUAUGUAAAUAAAAUGUUAUUUUAAAAGGUCAAAGAGUUAUGUUUGAAUUUGACAAAAUGACAUAAGAUUGAAGCUGCUAGUGUUUUCUUGAAGAUGGAAAUGAAUCAUUUACACAUACUACCUUGAACAAUUAGAUUGCAUUAAAAUAAU